UUCGUCGCCGACCCUUCGUAUUCAAUUCAUUGACGUGGCUUCCGCCAUAAUAGCACUAUAUGUCUUGAGAUCUGAGCCAAGACACAGAAUACUGGAAUUGUCUGGCUCUUUGUUGUCAUUGUUUUCUCCUUAUAAACAACAAUGGUUCUCUUAGCAGCAGCAGUUUGUAACAAGAGUGGCAAAGCCAUAAUUUCUCGACAGUUUGUCGAGAUGACAAGGGCCCGAAUUGAAGGUCUUCUGGCUGCCUUCCCCAAACUAAUGAGCAGCGGCAAACAACACACAUUUGUGGAGACAGAGAGUGUAAGAUAUGUGUAUCAACCUCUGGAGAAACUUUACAUGUUACUUAUCACUACAAAAGCCAGUAAUAUUCUUGAAGACUUGGAGACCCUUCGCCUCUUUGCUAAAUUGGUAAGUUCCUUUGGCAGAAUUCUGCUUUAUGCAUGGCAUAUAAUGCCUCAAUACUUAUUUGUUUUUGGAAUUUGCUGUGCAUUACCCUCGUCCUCCAUUCUGUUACAGACUCAAGAGAAAGAGGCUCGUGACACAAUGAUGAAGAAGGCUGAAGAAUUACGCCGCAUGAAGACAAAAAGUGGUGGCAGCAACAUGCGGUCACCUGGAUUUGGUGGAGGCUUUGGUAGUAACAGCACUGGGGGUCGUAUGGAAUCUCCCAUUAUUGAUACCACUAUUAAUGACACUGUUAAAUCAUCAUACACUGCUCCUAGCAAACCAUUGGGUCCAAGUAAAGCGAUGAAACUUGGUAGCAAGACUAAAGAUGUUGAUUCUUUUGUGGAUCAACUCAAAUCAGAAGGCGAGACUGUCACCUCAAGCAACCAUUCCUCAUCUACUAUAAACAAGGUCUCUACACCAGCUGUUAACCAAGAAAGUGUCCAUUUGCGAAUAGAAGAGAAAAUAGUUGUACAAGCUGGGCGUGAUGGUGGCUUACAGAAUUUGGAAGUGUUUGGUUUAGUGAAGUUAAAGGUUACAGAUGAGAAGUUUGGAAAAAUCAAAGUUGCCGUUUUGAAUAAUGAUACCAAAGGAAUUCAACUUCAGACCCAUCCCAACAUUGACAAGAAGUUAUUCAGUACUGCAUCCUACAUUGGUUUAAAAAAUGCUGAGAAACCAUUUCCUUUACACCAAGAUAUUGGAGUCUUAAAAUGGCGUUUCCAGACACAAGAUGAGGCUCUCAUUCCUUUGUCAAUAAAUUGCUGGCCCUCAGAAACUGGAUCUGGCUGUGAUGUCAACAUAGAAUAUGAACUGGAACAGCAGAACUUAGAACUAAAUGAUGUUGUUAUAAGCAUACCAUUGCCGUCAGGCGUUGGAUCUCCAAUUGUUGGCGACUGUGAUGGAAACUAUACAUAUGAGCGCAGCAGCAACCAGUUGCUAUGGAACUUACCACUUAUUGAUGCUGCAAAUAAGUCUGGCAGUAUGGAAUUCAGCAUUGGUGGACAUCCAGAGGAUUUCUUCCCUGUCAAAGUGUCUUUUGUCUCCACAAAAUCGUACUGUGACAUUCAGGUCUCUGAAGUGAUCACCACAGAUGAUGAACCUGUGAAAUAUUCUUCUGAAGUCGUAUUCUACGUUGAUAAAUAUGAAAUUGUGUAAAGGACAUCAGCUGCUUGCUUUGAUUGGGGUGGGGUUCACUUAAGUCUCUCUUUCUUUCUCUCUCUCUCUCACAUAUAGACACACACACACACACACACACAUACACAUUCUUUCUGUCUCUUCCCUUUUCUCACAUACACACAAAUGCACACACACACACACACACCUCACUAUCUCUCUGUCUCUUUAUAUAUGCACACACAUAACUACAUUCAUUUAUAUGUGUGUGUUUAACUAUAGAUAUAAUUAAGCACAUUUAUGUGUGUGUGUGUGUGUGUGUAUAUAUAUAUAUAUAUUUACAGCAUGCAUGUGUGUAUGCUUCUAUAUAUUGAAAGCAUGUAUGUGCAUGCACAUGUACAAAUAUAUAGACACAUAUAUACAUAUACAUACACAAUGAUUCAGAUAAGAUUUUAUUGCUACAGAAGAUAGAAAAUUUUGGUUAUUUUGUUGUUUUUUUAGUCUUGGUAGUGUGUGUGUGUGUGUCUGUCUGUGUGUGUGUGUGUGUGUAGUUUGUGUGAGUGUGUCUGUGUAUAGGUAUGCAGCUGUUACGGUUGAGGCAGAAUACUGGUGGUGGUGGUAGUGAUGGUGGUGACUGUGCAAGGUGUGUUCAAUGAGUUUGUUAAUUGAUCAACAUUCUCAACUUGUGUUGUCAUAUCAAUAAUUGAUAAAGAAUGUAACAGUUUAUUAUUAUUAAUCAUUAUUAUUAUUAUUAUUUUCUCUUGGAAAUCUGGGACCGAACAUUUCCACUUCAAACACUCACCACCAUCACCACCACCACACCAUAAUACUAUUACUACUACUAUUAAUAAUAAUAAUAAUAAUGAUGAUGAUAAUAAUAUUAAUGGCUACUGAUGCUGAAUAAAUCUUCCUCUGCACUUUCUAA